AUGAUCCAAUUUACCAGUCUCUUCCGCUUCCGAGGUGAGGAUGGCGGUAUUCAUUAUGGCGAAGCCGGCGCAUCUCUCAAUCAUACUAGAGAUAGUCUUACUGGUCGGCUCGUCCGCAUUUUCCAAGGAGGGAUUCCUUGGGAUGAGGGAUUCAAGUUAAGUGAGAGCCGCCGCAAAGUGGUAGAGGUAACGUCUCUGUUCUUGCACGUGAAGCAGCCGAGAUCAAAGUUGACGUUGUGGAACUCCAAGGUACUCUGCCCCCUACCACACACACCCAUAUUCAUUUGUAUCGGCCUGAACUACAAACAGCACGCAAGCGAGGCUGGGGAGCAAUUAUGUUUCAUAUUCCGUUUGAGGGUCGAUCCGCUGACAUUAGUGCUCCCCGAGGCCGAACUAUGCCUGGUGAUAGGCAAAGACUGUAAAGACUUCAAGGCCGAUAAUGACAUUUCGGAGUACAUUCUUGGUUACACCGUGGGCAAUGAUCUAUCAUCCCGGUAUUGGCAGAACCCCGAGCGUUGUGGUGGUCAGCAUGGAAGUGCCAAGUCAUUUGACAAGUUUGCACCCAUUGGUCCCGUCAUCACCUCUACCAAGACUAUUCCAAACCUAGCAACUCUUCAACUAGAAUGCUUUGUCAAUGGGGACAAGAGGCAGUCUAGCAAGCUGGAUGACCUCAUCUUUGACGCACCGGCCAUUCUGGCACAUUUGACCAGGGGAACAACACUUCGGAAGGGUACGGUUAUCAUGACAGGAACCCCCAGCGGCGUGGCAGCUUUUAUGAAACCACCCGCGUGGCUGCAGGACGGGGACGUGGUCGAAGUACGCCUUGACCAUGUUGGGUCAAUUAAAAACAAAAUAUCGUUAGAGACUGCGGCUUAA